AAAGGUAUAAAUAGCUGAGCCUCGCAGAUAAACUCAUUCCGAAAAAAAGUCCAACCAUGGCAAGCGCAAUGACAAGAGAGAAAAGCGUGGCGUGUAGACACCACCCGGACGCUCCUCUCAUCGAAGAUUACAGAGCUGGAGACAUGAUUUGCUCCGAAUGCGGCCUUGUAGUGGGAGACAGAGUUGUUGACGUUGGAUCUGAGUGGAGAACCUUUAGUAAUGAGAAAGCGACAAGCGACCCAUCGCGUGUUGGUGCUGCCCAGAAUCCCCUACUUAGUGGCGGAGACCUAUCAACAUUGAUAGAAAAGCCAAGUGGCGGGAAUGCAGACAUUGAGGGAUUUGCUCGAACACAUAACAGUAGAAGUGGGAUGAGUGGGGCGGAUCGGAGUCUAAUGAAUGCAUUCCGCGAAAUCAGCAUCAUGGCCGACCGCAUCAACCUUCCAAGGAAAAUCGUGGACCGUGCAAACCAGCUAUUCAAGCAAGUGCACGAACAGAAGAGUCUAAAGGGACGAAGCAAUGACACCAUUGCAUCUGCUUGUCUGUACAUAGCUUGUCGACAGGAGGGUGUACCCAGAACCCUUAAAGAAAUUUGUGCAAUUGGUAAAAUUUCUAAAAAAGAAAUCGGCAGAUGUUUCAAGCUUAUUCUCAAGCACUUGGAAACAAGUGUGGACCUCAUCACAUCCGGGGACUUCAUGUCGCGGUUCUGUUCCAACCUCACCCUCCCCCUGUCAGUACAAAAGGCUGCUACCUACAUAGCGCGCAGAGCUGUCGAGCUUGAUCUUGUGGCUGGUCGUAGUCCUAUCUCUAUAGCGGCAGCUGCCAUCUAUAUGGCCUCGCAGGCAUCUGAAGAAAAACGUUCACAAAAAGAAAUCGGUGACAUCGCAGGCGUCGCAGACGUCACAAUAAGACAGUCGUACCGGCUGCUUUUCCCGAAAGCGAGGGAGCUGUUCCCGGCGGACUUCAAGUUCGCGGUUCCGAUCGAGAGACUUCCAAGCUCAUGACGGCCGCCACGUGCUCGUUCUCGGCUAUCACGUGGACAUGCUUGUGUUGUCACGUGAUUUUUAGAUCAGUUACCUCGGUAGAUCACAUGACCAUCUGCAUCCGUCACGUGGUCCCCUUUAUGGUCUUUAUCAUAUACCGUGACAAUUACCCGCAGUCUCAUGUGACCUGUUAAGUGAUCGAUGAAAGCGUUUACCACGUGACAUGUCACCUGAUUGAUAAAAUAGAUAGCACGUGACAAUUGUACGCAGUUACACGUGACAUGUCACGUGAUCGAUAGCAAUGGAUAGCACGUGACAUGACACGUGCCUCAAUAGGAGGGGCCGACACGACACGGUUUUUCGCCUGCCUGGUUCAUAUAGGGCCGUUUGCGCGAUAAACGCCAAAAUUUGGGAGUGGCUAUUUCUUUCCGUGUCGAGUUGUUUUAAGAACACAAUUUAAAAGACUUUUUUCAUAUUGUGCUGUUGAUGAUGUUGCGCCCUAGAGAGUCAUUGUGGUAAUAGUCCGUUACAAGAUACUGGGGGUCCUGUGGCGUGAUGGUAAUAGUCCGUUACAAGAACCUGGGGUGGCGUAAUGGUAAUAGUCCGUUACAAGAUACUGGGGGUCCUGUGGUGUGAUGGUAAUAGUCCGUUACAGGGGGUCCUGUGUUGUGAUGGUAAUAGUCCGUUACAAGAACCUGGGGUUCCUGUGGCGUAAUGGUUAUAGUCCGUUACAAGAUACUGGGGGUCCUGUGGUGUGAUGGUAAUAGUCCGUUACAGGGGGUCCUGUGGCGUGGUGGUAAUAGUCCGUUACAAGAACCUGGGGUUCCUGUGGCGUAAUGGUAAUAGUCCGUUACAAGAUACUGGGGGUCCUGUGUUGUGAUGGUAAUAGUUCGUUACAAGAUACUGGGGGUCCUGUGGUGUAAUGGUAAUAGUCCGUUACAAGAUACUGGGGGUCCUGUAGCGUGAUGGUAAUAGUCCGUUACAAGAACCUGGGGUUCCUGUGGCGUAAUGGUAAUAGUCCGUUACAAGAUACUGGGGGUCCUGUGUUGUGAUGGUAAUAGUCCGUUACAAGAUACUGGGGGUCCUGUGGUGUGAUGGUAAUAGUCCUUUACAGGGGUCCUGUGGCGUGAUGGUAAUAGUCCGUUACAAGAACCUAAGGUUCCUGUGGUGUGAUGGUAAUAGUCCGUUACAAGAUACUGGGGGUCCUGUGGUAUAAUGGUAAUAGUCCGUUACAAGAUACUGGGGGUCCUGUGGUGUAAUGGUAAUAGUCUGUUACAAGAUACUGGGGGUCCUGUGGCGUGAUGGUAACAGUCCAAUACAGAAUACUGGUGUUCCUGUGUAAUUCGAGCGCUCAAAUCUCAUCAUCCUUGACCCGCUAGGACAUCCCGCAAGGCGGACUGUAUAAAUGCUAUAUAGCCGUCAUUUGACCCGCAAGGGGAAAUGCACAAAUGCCAUAUAACCGUCAUUUAACCCGCAAGGGGGACUGUACAAAUGCUAUAUAGCCGUCAUUUGACCCGCAAGGGGGACUGUACAAAUGCUAUAUAGCCGUUAUUUGACCCGCAAGGGGGACUGUACAAAUGCUAUAUAGCCGUCAUUUGACCCGCAAGGGGGACUGUACAAAUGCUAUAUAGCCGUUAUUUGACCCGCAAGGGGGACUGUACAAAUGCUAUCUGGCCGCACCAUUAGAAUCACAACAUGACGUACACAUUUUUUAAUCGUGAUAUGAAAGGGUUGUUUACGUAAAGACAUUACAGCUUUUGUCUAUUGUGGUACAAAAAAAUCUAACAACGAAAUCAAGCAAUAGCCUGGAAACAAAAUAGUAGUUUGGUCAAUAAAAUGUACCUUUGCAAGCGUAAA